AUGGCAAGAGCAGCAGGGGCAUGGAGCAAAGGAAGAAUCUCGAUAGGCCUUGUUGCCUUUCUGGUUUCCAUAGCAGGGGCGCAGAGAGCGAGGAUCGAGCAAGGGAAGAGGAAGGCUUCAUCUCAGUUUCACCUUAUGGUUGACCUGCAAGUCUGCGGUACACAGCAGUGGCUGGAUGUAUCUGGAGCCUCUUGCAAACCUUGCCAGCCAAAAAGCUGUCAGCCGUCAGAGUACCUCAAGAACUGCACGUUGACAUCUGAUUACAAAUGCGUGAGUUGUGUUGGUUCCGACAAGAGCUGUCAGUCGUUGCAAACCUCCGCAAGUUCUUCGAACAAGACUAUGGUAGUAAUCGUCAUUGUCGGAAGCAUGCUGGCUGCUGUUUGCUUGAUCGCAGUUAUCUGCUGCUCGCUUCAAUUUUCCUACAUACCACAGUGCAGAGAUCUUAUCGACAAGUUCUGGAGAAGAAACAAUGGUGAAGCACCCACAGAAAGUCUUGAACGAUCCUCCUCCAUCUCGCAGGAGGUCUCCAACGUUUGGCAGCAUGACAAAGAGAUCGCUGAUCUCGAGAUUUCUUUGCAUUCUGUGGCGUCCAACACGGACGACAGGACGGACGCGGGCAUGUGCCAGCUGUGCUUGGAGCGAGAUCGAACCGUUGUGGUGUUCCCCUGCAAACAUGCCUGCCUGUGCAGCGAGUGCUUCGAGAGCGUGAUGAAUAAGGACAGAAAGUGCGUUGUUUGCAGGAAGGACAUUGAGUCCCACCAGGUUGGCAACUUCACUCGUACGUUCCUGGGUAUCAGUUUCCCUCAGCCUGACGAAGAUUGA